GGAGAGUGCUGUCCCCUUCUUAAACCCGCAGAGCUUCCAACUGCCGCUCACUGGCCUCUCGCGCCAGUCUUGCUCCCGCGCGAUGGCCUCGGUGCUGAGCUAUGUCUCCAAGUUCAAGUCCUUCGUGAUUUUGUUCGCCACCCCGAUAUUGCUGCUGCCACUCAUCAUUCUGAUACCCGCCAAGUUUGUCAGGUGUGCCUACGUCAUCAUCCUCAUGGCUAUAUACUGGUGCACAGAAGUCAUCCCUUUGGCCGUCACCUCCCUCAUACCUGCCUUGCUUUUCCCACUCUUCAAGAUUCUGGACUCCAAGCAGGUGUGUGUCCAGUACAUGAAGGACACCAACAUGCUGUUCCUGGGUGGCCUUAUUGUGGCAGUCGCUGUGGAGCGCUGGAAUCUGCAUAAGAGGAUCGCCCUGCGCACGCUCCUCUGGGUGGGGGCCAAGCCCGCACAGCUGAUGCUGGGCUUCAUGGGCGCCACAGCCUUCCUGUCCAUGUGGAUCAGCAACACGGCCACCACAGCCAUGAUGGUGCCCAUCGUGGAGGCCAUGCUGCAGCAGAUGGAAUCCACCAGGUCAGCCACUGCACUGGAGCUGAGGGACAAGGGCAAGAACAACGAGUUGCCAGGGAACCAAGUGAUUUUCGAAAGCCCGGUCAUGGGGCAGGAAGAGGACAAAGACAGGAAGAGCAUGUGCAAGGCCAUGACACUAUGCGUAUGCUAUGCAGCCAGCAUUGGCGGCACGGCCACCCUGACCGGGACAGGACCUAAUGUGGUACUCCAGGGCCAGAUGCAUGAAUUGUUUCCUGGCAGUAAAGACAUCGUGAACUUCGCCUCUUGGUUUGGAUUUGCCUUCCCCAAUAUGCUGAUAAUGCUGCUGCUUGCCUGGCUCUGGCUCCAGUGUCUUUUUAUGAAAUUCAAUUUUAAAAAAUCCUGGGGCUGUGGAACAGAAAGGGAGAAUAAUGAGAAGGCUGCCUAUGAAGUACUGCAGGAGGAAUACAGGAAGCUAGGGUCCUUCUCCUUUGCCGAGGCCAAUGUCCUAAUCUGCUUCGUGCUGCUUGUGGUCCUGUGGUUCUCCCGAGACCCUGGCUUCAUGCCCGGAUGGCUGUCCAUUGCCUGGACGGAAGGCGGCACCAAAUAUGCCUCUGAUGCCACUGUGGCCAUCUUUGUGGCCAUUUUACUAUUUAUUGUGCCUUCACAAAAGCCCAAGUUCAACUUCUGCAGUCAGUCUGAAGAAGAGAGGAAGGCUGCAUUUUAUCCCCCUGCAUUGAUGGAUUGGAAGGUGGCCCAGGAAAAAGUGCCCUGGGGCAUUGUGCUGCUGCUGGGAGGUGGAUUUGCUCUGGCUAAAGGAUGUGAGGCCUCGGGGCUGUCCGAAUGGAUGGGGAAGCAGAUGGAACCCUUGCAUGCCGUGCCCCCAGCAGCCAUCACCUUGAUCUUGUCCUUGCUCGUUGCUGUGUUCACUGAGUGCACAAGCAAUGUGGCUACCACCACCCUGUUCCUGCCCAUCUUUGCCUCCAUGUCACGCUCCAUUGGCCUCAAUCCACUGUACGUCAUGCUUCCCUGUACCCUGAGUGCGUCCUUUGCCUUCAUGUUGCCUGUGGCCACCCCGCCUAACGCCAUCGUAUUUGCCUACGGACACCUCAAGGUUUCUGACAUGAUGAAAACAGGACUGAUGAUGAACAUCAUCGGAGUCUUCUGCGUGUUUCUGGCCGUCAACACCUGGGGGCGGGUCAUAUUUGACUUGGAUAAUUUCCCCGACUGGGCUAAUGUGACACACAUUGAGACUUAGAAAGAGCCACAAGACCCACGGACCCAGCCCCCACCCUUCUGAAGACUCUGGAACCUUCUGGCAUGUCUUGCAGCAGAGCUUUGCUGUUCAUAGCCUGAUGGGACACAAUGAU